AUGAACGAUGAAUGGCUUGAGUAUCAGUAUACAAAUGAAGGAUGUCUUGAGUAUCAUGACCCUGACAUUGAUUACGAAAUAUUAGAUGAUAAUAAAAGCUAUCUCGAAAAUGUAUCAGUAUCUGAAAUACCAUCCACCUCUAAAACUACAACUGAUGAAAGCAUAACUACAAAUAAUGAGCAUAUUAUUAAUGACAUUGGUUUUGAUAAAGAAGCACUAAAUCAUGCAAAAAAAUUUGCUGCAUCUACACUCAAAAAUUUUGAACAAUAUGAAAGGGACAUUAAUUGGUUGGCAUUGGAUGAUGACCUGCAAUCAGAAUAUGAAUCAAUGCCAAUUAAGCAGCUUAUGGGGAUUUGGAAGUUAGAUUCUAAGGUUUUAGAUGUAGCACUCAAGGCAGAAACAGAAAAUGCAUUAACAAGUUUAGGAAAAGAUUAUCAAUUCAUUAAAUCAUCUACAAGCUCAAAAUUUGUUUGCUCACAUUGUUUUGACAAUGAAGGUGGACACUUUUUUCGACGUAGAGGAACAGGUGUAUCACAAUUUUCUUGUGUUGAAAAACAUAUAAAUGACAAUCAACAUUCCCUUUAUCUCUUAGGACGAUGGAUUCAAGAAAUGUCAACAGACCAAGAUCAAGAAUUUCAAGCCAUACUUUUAGAAGAGCAAAUUACAAAAGCUCAUCCACCAACAUAUUUUAGUAUUAGAGCUGCACUUCGUAUUAAAAAAGUUAAUUUACGUCGAUUGGAAGAAAAAAACAAGUACAUUGAUAUUAUAUUAAACCAAUUACAAAAAUUAGGAGAAGCUCUAGGAACUGUGAUUUGGCAAUUAAGAUCUGAGAUACAUACACAGCGAAAAAUGCUUGAAACACCAAACACUUUACAGGAAUUUCAUGAUGGAUUUCCUAAAUAUAUUAGAGAUCUAUUUGAUAAUUUUAUCAUUUUUAUUAUGCAAAAGAAGUGGAACAUUGUUCAAAAAAAAUGUAUACAACGUGGACUUAUUCCAAGCGAGUUUAAUAUAGAAAGAGCAAUUAAGAUAUCAGCAUUUAUACUAUCAUUAAUUUUUUCAAUGUCAUUUCCAGGCAUUAAUUUUUGGCUUUCUCAUAUAAUGAGUUCCCUGUGCAGAAAACCCAAAUUACUAAAUUCACUUUAUGCAAUUCUGUGUACUGCAAAUGUAGUCUCACAUACAAAUCGUUAUGAAAAGAAAUUAGAAAAAUUAAGAAUGAUUUUUCGAUCAAAUGAGGAUCUAAAAUUUAGAAUUACUUUAGUACAAUCUGAGCAAGAACAGCUAAAUUUGCUUUUAAGUAAAUAUGUAAAUGAAAGCUCAUUAACACCAAUAGAUCGACCUAUGAAAUCUCGUGAAGAAGUUCUUCAAAAACUAACAAAUCAAUUGUUAGAAGCAUUUGACUAUACAGAUCCUACUCAACACCAACUUUUUAGAGGAACAUCACAAAAUAAUAAUGAAGGGUUUCAAAAUCUUUUUGAAUGUUAUGAUCAUGGAAAAGAACGAUUACAACUUAUUUACAAACAAGACAUUGAAAAGUCUAUACCACGUAAUACUUCAGGUCAACGAAGUCAAAAUGUUGUUGUUGACACUUUUGCUCAACAACAGAAACGUCAAAAAGAAGAAAACCUAAAAAAAGGUAAUAAAAAGAGUUAUAAAAGUAAAUAA